UUCGCUCAUCCAGCCAUCUGGAACUUCUCCUAUAAAGCUUUCCAGCAGAGAAUACUUCUGUAUUUAGAAAGCUGCUUGAGUGACUCUGAGCCCUUUCUCUUAGAGAUGCUCGCCUAAGAGGAUGGGCUCGUAUGGGUUUUCUACUCUGAGGGAUGCUUUCAAGAUCCUGUCCAAUUCCCCAGAUGCAGAUGAAGAGUUUUCAAAACUGGACAAGUUGGACUGGACUUUCCCCAAGCCAUGUUUGGCUUCUGAUUUCCACGCAGCCAAGUGCCAAACGGAGAAGAACCGUGAUGCCUCCAGGCCGCACCCCAGUGAACGCUCAGUGUCCAUAAGCACACUGGUUAUGGGGUCAGAGAGCUGGAACCCCCCAACUUCCUCCCGAGUUCCAUCCAAGAGGCCUGUGGCAACUUUGGUUGUCCGGCCUGCACAGCCCCAAAUAACCACCCAGCCUGAUAAUACCUCCCGAUGUCCCAGAUUAGCAAAGAGGAGACUAAUUUGUUUAAAUCAGGAUGAAGAAAAGGAGGUCUGGAGUGAUGAGGAUGAACUUUUUGAAUCGAAGGAAGAAGGCAGCAGCAGCAUCAACACUUCCCUCUUUGGUUCGAAAAAGAAGAUCUGGACUUCAGAAGAGUCUCAGUGGAUUAAGGAAGGCGUGAAGAAGUUUGGGGAAGGGAGGUGGAAAGCCAUUUCCCAGGCAUUCCCCUUUAAGAACCGCACUCCUGUGGCGAUCAAGGACCGAUGGCGGACGAUGAAGAAUCUGGGGCUCUUGUGAACCUGGGGGCGAGUGCCUGAGCUCCAACGCUAUGUGGACACAGGGUGGGCCAGAGGUACUUUUGUAGUGUAUUGCAUUGGGCCAGCAGGCUGAUGGCCACAAUCUCUUAUCAUCACUGGAGGCUUCUCCCUCUGCUUUCUGACAUAGGCUCUCCCCCUCCCUCCAUUUUUUAUUUUUUCUUUCUUUUAGUUUUCAGUACUGAAAAUACAGAUUCAACCUUGUGUAAACAAUUGGUAUGGAAAGUGCGCGUUUUACAGUAUAAAAAAUACGUCAUUUCAAUUUUUUAUUUUCUUAUAAAUGUUAUUUUUCACUGUAGGUCUGCUGUGAUAUUAAUAAACUGUUAUUAUGCCAUAAUCAUCUGGAGUACAAAUGCUAUAAAUAAGGUUAAAGUAAAAAGACGUAGAAUAAGAUAUAUUCUAUUCAGAAACAGGAUGACAUCAUCUUAUAGUCUCACAAUAGGCAAACAUUCAUAUUUACUUGUGGAAUCAAGUUACUUCAAUUAGUAUUAAUAACAUACUAUAUAAAAUCCCACCACACUGCACCAAAAUCCAUAGGUUAUGCCUCAACUUGAAUUAAUUGAAAACUAAAUGUAAUUUUUGCUGAAAUUGCAGUGUUGUACAUGUUUUUAUGCCACAAAAUAUUUCCAGUGUUGGACAAUAGACCACCAUGCUACAGUUGGUAAAGUGAUGAGUUCUUUAGAUAGUCCUUUUUUAUUUGUACCUUGGAACAUUGUUAAAUAAAAAGCUAUGGAGUGAA